AUGCAGAACCUGGACCUGGACCUCCCCCUAUCGGACCGCACGGUGCGCGUGCGCCUGGUGGACACCACCACCGUCAUGACCGUCGACGCCCUCGCCUUCGUCGACCCCGUGCAAAAACACCACCAGCAUCUUAACCUGACCGACGUCGCUUUCCUCAUUGAAAAUGACACCACCGGCCAGAAAGUCAUGUUCGAUCUGGGCACGCGCAAAGACUACUGGAAUCUGCCCCCAGUUACCUUGCAACGAGGCGCUCGCAUUCUGUCAGGGCUUAAGAUUGACAAGGAUGUGACAGAGGUGUUAGAGGAGAAUGGUGUUAAGCUCGACACCAUCUCAUCUAUCAUCUGGUCGCAUUACCACUGGGAUCAUACCGGCAACCCGGCCCUCUUUCCCCAGUCCACCAGCUUGGUAGUCGGUCCAGGGGUCACGAAGUCCACAGCCUUGCUGCCUGGUUAUCCUGAAAAUCCGAACUCUGUUCUCUCGGCUGAAGCCUUUGCAGGUCGUGAGGUCGUUGAAGUCGACUUUGGCCCGACAGGACUGGCAAUCGGUGGUUACCGAGCGAUGGACUUUUUCGGCGACAGCUCAUUUUAUCUGCUAGACACGCCCGGCCACUGCCUAGGCCACAUGUGCGCCCUAGCACGCACCACAAAAGACACCUUUGCCCUCCUAGGAGGCGACAUCUGCCACUUCGUGGGGGACUUCAGGCCAUCAUCAGCAGUGUCGCUCCCAGAUCACAUCCCAGAUGGAGCCCUCGACCACGACCCAGCCUAUUUCCCCGCACCAUGCCCCUGCAGUCUCUUCACCGACCAGCAUCCAAUAUCCCCGGCGUCAGGGACAGAUCCAAAGACGACCCCAUUCUACAAGGUAUCCAGCCACGCGACAAGCGUGAACACCGACCCAUUCACAGCGCAGCAAUCCGUGGAUAAGCUGCGCGCGUUCGACGCCUCGCCCUCCGUCCUAGUGUGUCUUGCUCAUGAUCCAGAGUUGUUGCGGUUUCUACCGACGUUCAAUGAGAUGCCAUCGGCGGAUAUCAAUCGUUGGAGGGAGGAUGGUGUCAAGGAGAAGGUUCGCUGGGGAUGGUUGAAUGAGCUUCCCAGGGGUGAAAGGCCGGGGCGACAGGCGUUGGUUGAGGGGCUGUGGCGGGAUGGUCGGUUGUGGGAGAAUGGCGAGGCUGUAUUGCCUUACUAUCUCUACAGGGAUCGAAUCAUGUCGCGAGCUGCCAACUCUGUCGAGCUCAAUGCCGCCAAGCUAUUCGUCUUCUGCCGCGCGACCCUCCACGUGGAGAGGUCGAGCGAGUCUGAACACGACCUAUAA